GGUGCUCAUGGCAACCAACGUAAACACCAUCCGCCCUCCUCCGCCCCCUCUUCUUCCCCGUCUCGGCUUUGCGGUAGAGCUAAACCGGGCGAAAAUGGCAAACCUGACUCCCAGCGAGGAUCAGUAUUAUGAAAAGAUUAAAUCGAUCCAACUGAGCAUGCAUAAAAGGGAGAAGCGGAGGCUGCAGCUGGAGAAGGAACUUUUCUCUUACUGCACAUCUGACAAACGAAUCUCACAGAUAAAAUGUUCCAAACUGCGCAGUUAUCUCAAGGAAAUCUGUGACAGGGAAGCACGAGCAAAAAUGAGAAACCUUGAGCUUCUGAGAGAUGUGGAGUGCAUAGAAAUUGGCAUGAAGGAAUACAGUCCUGACCGUGGCCCUCUGCAACAAGAAAAGGCUGGAUUUUUAAAAAGGAUUUCCAGUUUCAUGGAGGCAAGAAAGAAAAUGGAACAAGAGCAUAAUGCUGAAAAGGUCGUAGCUGUGCACAGUCGGCACCAGGACAGCUCACUCUCUCACCUAGCUAAGGAUUUUACACAACCACCAGCAGUAAUUUUUAUGGGCCACCAGACCUCCAGAGGGUCUGACGCUGAAGCUGGCACCACAAGUGUACACUCACACCAAGCAUUGCAUCGUUCACCCAAUCGCAGCGUGCACUCCCGUGAACGUCUACCAAGUGGCCUUUUGAAGGACUUCAGAGUUGGCGGAGAGGAUGCUGACAGCAACCGAGCACAUUUAUCAGAUGACAUUUCAGGCUCAAACGAUUCCCCUGACGGCUGUAAUUUGAGUGACAAACAUGAAAGAACGAUGGUGGUGCUCCCAUCUGUUAGUGCCUUAACAGGCGCAGCUGGCAAUGUGCCUUUUGGAAGUAAUGAUGAACAAGAAUGGUCACCUUUGGUGACCUUGACGCGUUCUGAGAAGAAUCUUCCUCCUAGCAGCAGCAGCCCAAUGAAGGCUAAGAAUUCCCCUGCAGAACACACUGACUACCGUGAGGUUGCUGAUCACACGCCCAUAAUGGAAGACGGAGAGGGAGGUCUCAGCCAGUUGAUGCCUCAGACCACUUUUGGAAAAGAAGCUCAAGAUACACCAGAUAGAUGUGAGAGUGUCAGCCCCCCAAGUUCUGAUGUGCAGUUGUCAGAGAGCAGUGCUAGUGACCUGUCCAUAUCUUUGACACAAUCUGAGCUGGAAGAGGAUCUGCCAGAGGGUGUGGCACCUGAGAGGAGUGCCACUUCUCAAGGGAGCGAUGAUCACAAUCAGCACAGCUGCGAAUCAUCCCUACAAUCUGAUGGAUCCAAAAAAACACCACAGUUAAACUCUGUUCCACUAGUGACCUUGGAAAGUCUCUCCCAGGAAGGACUCUUUAAUCUGCUAGACAGAAUCGAAGGACGACUCCAUUGUGAACAGACUUGCAUGUAUGGAGGUUCUUCAAUUGAUGAAAGACGACUCAAUAGAAUUAUCAGCCUUUGUAACAGUGGAGCAAGCCUGAAUGACGAGGACCUUGAAGCAUGUGGAGCAGUCAUCCUUCAUGAGCUUCAGAGGUUGUCAUGGAGCACAGCAAAGGGCUGCCUGCUACCACAGGAUCUCGUAAGGGCUCACCAGUCCUGCACUGAUCCUAAUGAAAUAAGCGCCAGCCUCCCUCCUGAUGCCGCUCGGCUGUGGGAUCGCUGGUUCAAGCACGCCCUCCUGCUCAAGGAGCGCCGUGUCCUCAGCACUAAGCGCCUGGUACAGCUGUUCACACCGCUGCUGCUGGAGCGCCAUGCCACCUAUAGCCACCAGGUAGCGUUGGAGGCCAAAGUGCUGCUGAGGACACUUGUGUCCCGGUCCAGUGAGGAGUGCCCCUCAGCAGAGGACGAGAGUGACUUGUCUUCUUCGUGUGGUCCUCCUUCUCUCCUGGCUGAUGGUGAUGUGAAGCCCACCAGGCCGAUGCAGAAGCAACAGAUCCAAGAACUACAAAGUACUGAAGAGGACAGCCAGGACGAAAGCCCUGUGGAAAGUGUUCCUAUUAGAGAAACCAAAGCAUAUCAGUUACUCAAACAAUCAGCCAUGCAGGAAAGGCUGCAGAGUUCUGAAGAGGAGGAGGAGGACGAUGAUGACCUCUCAGGAAUAAAUCAUGGCUGUGAAGAGGACCUGGGGAGGGCCAAACGCUCCUCACAUCAAGACCCUUACCCUCGGAAAGAGAACACUAACUCAAAGGCUCAUUUUGCUCUACAGUCAAAAGCCUUCUGGGGGGAAUCGAAUGACAGCGACUCAGACAUUGAAGCAGCAUUACGUCCUCAGCCUUUCAGCACAAACACCGAUAACAUUGACGACUUCUGCGACUGAUAUUUUCCCGCAGAUAUUUUUUUUUAAUGCACUACAUUAUAUCGCUGGAAAAUUUCAGGCAGGUUGGCUCACAGUAAUUCACCCCCUGACCAUUGUUUUAGUGGUUUGCAUUGUAAAUCAUAUGCACACUGUAUCAUAAAAACAAAUAAUAAAGUUGACAGCUCUCACGCUGGGUAAAGUAUGUGAAGAGUUGUCCAACACUCUGAUGUUAA